GCUGCGCCCGCCACCCGCAGCCUCGUCCGGCUGUGUGUGCGUGUGGGUGCCCCCCCCCCCAUAUCCUUCCCCAGCCGCUGCGGACCCCCCCUGGCACGGAGACAUGGCCCCCAUCGGACUCAAGGCUGUGGUGGGAGAAAAGAUUAUGCAUGAUGUGAUCCGGAAAGUGAAGAAGAAGGGUGAAUGGAAGGUGCUGGUGGUGGACCAGCUCAGCAUGCGUAUGCUCUCCUCCUGCUGCAAGAUGACCGACAUCAUGACGGAGGGCAUAACGAUUGUGGAAGACAUCAACAAGCGCCGGGAGCCGCUGCCCAGCCUGGAGGCCGUCUAUCUCAUCACCCCCUCCGAGAAGUCCGUCCACUCCCUCAUCAACGACUUCAAGGAUCCCCCCACCUCCAAGUACAGAGCUGCCCACGUCUUCUUCACUGACUCUUGCCCUGAUGCCCUCUUCAAUGAGCUGGUGAAAUCACGUGCCGCCAAGGUCAUCAAAACCCUGACGGAGAUCAACAUUGCCUUCCUCCCCUCCGAGUCGCAGGUUUACUCCCUGGAUUCGGCCGACUCCUUCCAAAGCUUUUACAGCCCCCACAAGGCCCAGAUGAAGAACCCGAUCCUGGAACGCCUGGCCGAGCAGAUCGCCACGCUGUGCGCCACGCUGAAGGAGUACCCGGCCGUGCGGUACAGGGGGGAUUACAAGGACAACGCCAUGCUGGCACAGCUCAUCCAGGACAAGCUGGAUGCCUACAAGGCUGAUGACCCUACCAUGGGCGAGGGUCCGGACAAGGCUCGCUCCCAGCUCCUCAUCCUGGACCGCGGCUUCGACCCUGCUUCCCCAGUGCUGCAUGAGCUGACCUUCCAGGCAAUGAGCUACGACCUCCUGCCCAUCGAGAAUGAUGUCUACAAGUAUGAGACGAGCGGCAUCGGGGAAGCCCGGAUUAAGGAGGUUCUCCUGGAUGAGGACGACGACCUGUGGGUCACCUUGCGCCACAAACACAUCGCCGAGGUGUCCCAGGAGGUGACCCGGUCCCUGAAGGAGUUUUCUUCAAGCAAGAGGAUGAACACAGGCGAUAAGACCACCAUGAGAGACCUGUCCCAGAUGCUGAAGAAGAUGCCGCAGUACCAGAAGGAGCUCAGCAAGUACUCGACCCACCUGCACCUGGCUGAGGACUGCAUGAAGCACUACCAGGGUACGGUGGACAAGCUCUGCCGAGUCGAACAGGACCUGGCCAUGGGCACGGAUGCUGAAGGCGAGAAGAUCAAGGACCCCAUGAGGGCCAUUGUCCCAAUCCUGCUGGAUGGGAAUGUCAGCACCUAUGACAAGAUCCGUAUCAUCUUGCUCUACAUCUUCCUGAAGAACGGUAUCACCGAGGAGAACCUGAACAAGCUGAUCCAGCACGCUCAGAUCCCAGCAGAGGACAGCGAGAUCAUCACCAACAUGGCCCACCUCGGGGUGCCCAUCAUCACAGAUUCCACCCUGCGCCGCCGGAGCAAGCCGGAGCGGAAGGAGCGGAUCAGCGAGCAGACCUACCAGCUCUCCCGAUGGACCCCCGUAAUUAAGGACAUCAUGGAGGAUGCCAUCGAUGACAAGCUGGACACCAAGCACUACCCGUACAUCUCCACCCGCUCCUCCGCCUCCUUCAGCACCACUGCCGUCAGUGCCCGCUAUGGCCACUGGCACAAGAACAAGGCCCCCGGCGAGUACCGAAGCGGCCCCCGCCUCAUCAUCUUCAUCCUGGGUGGUGUCAGCAUGAACGAGAUGCGCUGCGCCUAUGAGGUGACACAAGCCAGCGGCAAGUGGGAAGUGCUAAUAGGGUCCACGCACAUCCUCACCCCACAGAAACUGCUGGACACGCUGAAGAAACUCAAUAAAACAGAGGAAGAAAGCAGCAGUUAAAAGGAAACGCCGCCACCGACUCGAUGCCGAAUUCACCUUCCCUGCCGGGCACCCGGCCCGGGGUGCGAUCCUGCACCCAGCCCCGGCCCCGGCCCGGCCCGGCCCAGCUUUCUCUCUUGUUCUUGUGUUGACCCCCCUCCCCUCCCGCCGCCUUCCCCAUCUCAUUUUAUCCACAGGGAGGGGACAACAGCCAAAAAAAAAUAUAUUAAGAAAACCGAUGCAUUGUGUUUAAAAGAGGAAAAGAAAAAAAAAAUCUAUAUAUUUGUAGCUGCAGCUAUCCGAAGCACCCAGGAGCUCGUUGCUGAGUAACCCAUCUGCCCAUUGCUAGCGAAUGAUGACGACAAAAACCAACAGAAAAAAAACCUUUUUCCAAAAGUUUCGCUCCUCUUUGGGGUCUUGUGUGGACGGACGGACGCACCACCAUCACUCCAGCCUCUGCUCAGGCAGGCGCCGCGGGCUGGGCUCGGCUCUCGUGUUGCUGCUCGCUCUCGGCCGGGGGGUCCCCACUGCCGUCUCCUGUCCCUUGUCUUUUCGGGGUGGUGGGUGUUCCCGCCAGAUGUGCACACCAACAUCUGGCACGGGGGUUUGGUGGCGGGGAUGUGGGGGAGUGCACCCGGGAUGCUUCACGCUGCAGCAAUUCCCAUGUGAAAAGGGACCAAAAUGGUCAAAACCUGGAGAUGGGGCCCGUUUGCUUGCACGGCUGCUCCUCUGCCCUGCUGCAGCCCGGCCUCCCCCUUCUCUGGGUAUUCCUUAAAAUGCAUAUAUAUAUAUAAUAAAAAUUCAAUUUUUUUAUAUAUAUAUCUCUCUCUCCCUCCAUCCCCACGGAAGCUCGGUGCCCCUGCGCCCGGCUCCGCUCGUGUCAUCCCGUGGUGAAGCGUUCCUGAGCGUGCUGUCACGCCGAGGCCCCCCCACUCUCCGGGCCCCCCCCUCCAGACUCUGUGUAUAUUAAUGACUGUGUCUUGUGACGUUCUUACAAGCUUGGUGUAUAGUGAUUUAACCAAACCUCUGAUUUUAGUUGGUUUUUUAUUUUACACCCAAGGAUUGCCCCUGCCCUCCCCUGCCAUUAGAUGCACUGCAAUAUUUUGGGGUCCAUCAUUUUGUUCUCUCCCUCUGAAGGCUGUGACCCCCUUUUCCUUCCCCCAAAUCUCUUUUUCUUGCCUCGUUGGUGGUUAGCCCCCCCCUUCCCUCCCCGUCUGUUCCUUGCCCAUAAAGUUAAAUAUAUAUUUUUAGGGCAAAGGCUGUAUCAUUGCACUGAUAUUUGUUGGUUCCUCCUUGGUCCUCCCACCCCGUUUGAGUUCCUUCUUGGUUUAGCAAUGCAAAUGCUUCAGGAUCUUGUAUGUUGGACAUUACUAUUUUUUUUCUGUUACAGUUAUUUAUAUAAAAAAUAAUUUAUCAAAAAGGAAAACUUAAAAAAAAAUAAUCUAGUCUGUCUUGGAAAUUGUUUACCUUGAAAUUACUGGAAUCUAAAUGUUUGAAAGUGUUGAAGCACAAACAUGUAUCAUCUCUGUAUAUCUGUUCUUCUGUACUAAAGCACUUGAGUGACUAAAUAAAAGCGAUCUCCAUCCCUAGUGCAA